UGAAAAAAAAAAUACGGGUUUCUCCACAACGUGCGCGCCCUAGCUCUCCACACAUAAAUCGUGCGCGGUUUUCACUCUCGUUCUUCUGAUGCCUUGUUGCGUUUUCUUCCCACACUUUAUCUCUGCCCAACUCCAUCUUAUUGCUGUCAAAAAAGGAGAGAAAGGGCAAAAGCGGUGGUGGGUGAGUGAAGAUGGUUGUGUCGCUGUGGGUGAGGGAGUGAGGCGGUGGGUGAAGACUGAAGAGGGUCGUGUGGUUCUUGGAGAGAAUGGAGAAGACUAAGGUGAGGAGGAAUGUGAGUGAAUGAAGACGAAGGUGGGAAAGCAAAACUGUUUUGUAAAUGAAAUUGCAAUGCAAGUGGGUUUAAAGGUCGUUGUGGGUGAGGGAGUGAGGCGGUCGGUGAGUGAAUGAGACGGUGGGUGAGUGAGUGAGGCUUGUUGAGCAGCUCGAGAAGAUGGUGGGAAAUUGGGAAUGGGAAGAGUGAGAAGUGAAUUAGGAAAAUGUGGCUAGUCUUAAAUUCUCCAAGUUCACUCAAUGUAGCACUGCAGUUUACAGGGAAGCCGAUUCAAUUGAUUCUAUGCGUUAUUCAUGAACAAAGGAAUGACAUAAACAUUUGUAAGAAAAUUGAUGCUUCAUGUAAUACUUUUCUUGUUAAACUCCAAGCACUACGUAUCAUUGCUUGUUGUUCUCACUCAACCCUCAGCACCAGCCUCAGCCUCUCGACCCCGACAAGCUCCAGGACCACUUUAACAAUUUCUAUGAAGAUCUCUUUCAGGCGCUCAGCAAGUUGGAAAUGUAUAUGUUCAGUAAAAAGAGGAAGAUCAUGCCCCCAAUGCUCUGAUGAACCUCACUGGAAGAUUUUAUUCAUGUACUCAAUUUCCCCCUUUUCUCAUCCAGUUAAGGUCAAUAUAUUGGAGAUGCCCAAAUGGGCCUAUGACAAGGCAGCUCUCAAGUGCAAUGGAAGAGAGGCAGUGACCAACUUUGAGCCAUGUACAUAUGAAAGCGAGAUGAAACCCGAAGCUAUUAAUGAAGGUGGUAAUCACAAUCUUGACCUCAAUUUGGUUAUGGCAACCCCAGGAAAUGGUCCCAAAGAUAACAGGGGUCAUCUUCAGUCCCAGCCCGUCCCUUACAACAUGCAUCCUGGAAGAAUUUCAAAGGUUUAUGGUGAUAGUGAAGUCUUUUGGAUUUUAAUGAGCAAGCUUUUGGAGAAUUUAGUUGUCAUCUUUUUGUAUCGUACUUACUCUUUCAUUAUUAUAUGUGUAAGCGUACACUUAAUAUGUUUGUUUAUUUUAGCCAAUUUUGUUUGGCAACCUUAAAAGAUUAACUUUGUCAUUUUUUAAUUGUAUUUCCUUCUAUCAAAUAUUAUUACAUGAUAAUCAAGAGAUUUGUGAACUAUGUAAAUUUUCAUUUGGACAAAUAUUUAACAGGUUUCUUUAGCUA